AAACUGAUUGUCCAUGCCUGCCUUUCACCUGCCUCUCCUCUGAGCAGAGCAAGUAAAGACGAGAAAAUAACUGUCAUGUUGCCUUAACCAAACCGGAAAGGUGACUUCUGGCGUGUGUGUUUGUGAGUGUGUGUGUGUGUGUGUAUGUAUGAGAGAGAGAGAGAGAGAGAGAGAGAGAGAGAGAGAGAGAGAGAGAGGUGGGGGGAGCUGCAGGUAGGGCAAACAGGUGUAUCCCAAACAGGUAAAGCUGCACCUUUUUUUCUAAAGGACAAACAUUGUGGCGUGUGCCUGACAAACCACCACGUAUCAAAACUGAAAGGAUUAUCAUUUUUCCAAAGGACUCAGUGUAUACAACUUCAAGAUUGCUAUACCUUUUUUUUUUUUUUUUUUUGGCCAGAACAGGACUCUGGAGAGGAUUUUGUCCAAAAAAACCAUCACUGAGGAUGAUCCAGCACGAGGCAUGAGACUCAGCUUCAGUGCUUCAUGUACACCUGUCAUUUAGGAUACUAUUACCUGGACUGGUGAGCUUUAUCCCAGCACUGAAAUAGCCCCAGCUUGUGCUCAGUUAACAGUAACAGCCAGGGAGAAUGACAUCUCUGCUGAGCAGACUCUGCCUGUGUCUCUUUGUCCUCCGGAUCUUUGUUACAGUGAUACAAGGAGAGUUUGUGGAUCUCCCUCCAAAUGGUUCCAUGCGCUCCUUGGCAGAGGAGGAGACUGUCCUGCCCUGUCAUUACCAGCCAAGUGGCAACGAUGUGGUGGUGCAGGUGACUUGGUAUAAGGAGAAAUCUGAUGGCACCAAGGAACAGAUCAUCCUUGCACACCAUAUUAAUGGACAGACAGCAUUCGGGCCAUGGUCUCGACGCGUGCGCUUUAGAAGCAGCGAACCCACAGUGGACUCGUCACUGGUCAUCAUGAGCACAGAGGUCUCUGAUGAGGGGAAGUAUAUCUGCCACAUCAGCACCUUCCCCUCUGGCAACUUUGAAAAUGAGAUGUCACUCAUCGUGUGGACCAUCCCUAUCUCCUCCCUGGAGCCUGUGAUUCUGGUGGAGGGCCAGUCCUACCGACAGGCUGCUUCCUGUCGAUCCAUAGCCCGCCCAUCUCCCCGCAUCUCCUGGGACACCGACCUGAAUGGCCAGUCCAUCAACCGCUCUUCCGACAACGGGGCGGUCUCCUCGCACUACUCCCUGCACCCCCUGAGGAGCAUGAAUGGCAAGAAGCUGGACUGUCUGGUGUGGCAUGUGACCUCACCGACCCCCCGCAGGCUCCGCAACCGCCUGGUAGUGCACUUCCCUCCACAUGUAGAGGUGUCUAGCAACAAUAAAGACUGGUCCGUGGGUCUGGAGAAUGCUGCCUUGAGUUGCGUGAGUGGAGGAAACCCCAAACCACAGAGUUUCACCUGGAUCAGGAAGGAUAGUGAGUUGCCAGAGGGUGUGAUCCCCCACCCUAAUGGAACACUAAUUUUUGGGCGACCCCUGAGCCUGUCAGACAGAGGCAUCUACAAGUGCGUGGCAAAGAAUGAAGUAGGAGAAGCAAACGCAGAGAUGGAGAUUGUUGUGACAGAUUCUUCUGAGAGGCAGAUAUUCCCUGAAAACAUGCUUAUGCUCAUCGUGGGGGGCGUGGCAGGCGGGUUGCUAAUCUUGAUGCUUAUCAUUGUCAUCACUGUCACAUGCCACCACAAACGCAAGAACACGAAACUGGAGAAGGAGCUGACAGAGAAGAAGGAGGAAAUAAGCACUCUCUCCAGGCAAGCUUCUUUCAGGAGAGUGAACUCUAUCAGCACAGAUACCAGAGGAGCGACAGAAGAAAACAUCCCUCUGAGGGUGGAGGGAACCCUGAGGACCAGCCUGUCUUCCCUCGGGGAACAGGCUCACUGCCGUGACAGCAGAUCUACUAUCUCAGGGGGACGGGGAGGAGGAGGAGGAGGAGGGGGUGCAUUUGACUACCUGGGUAGACCAGUCCUACACAACAACUCGCGGAGGGGUAGAGACAGGAUUCUGGAUAGAGAUGAGGAGAAUCGACUCCGAGUGGAGACAUAUGUAAGAAACAGCAGUAUGUCUUUGCAGGAAACUCGUUUCCACCCUCCUCUCACGCCAUCACCCUUUCCCACCAUCCAGUCCACUGAGAUUGUGAGACAGCUAAAUGGCAGCGUCAUUAUCCCAACAGAUGGGGGUUCACGGCCAGGAAGUGUCACCAAAAAUCACCAGCACCCGCCUAUGAGCUGCACCUACCCACCAGUAACAGAUGAUGAGGAUGAGGUGGAUGAAGGUUUGGGGGGUCCUGCCAGCCAGGAGCAUCCCGACGACCAGGACAGUGAGACCAACAGCUCCCAGGUGUCUGAGGCUCACAGUACACGCUAUCAGCAGACUAAUGGCAUGUUUAGACCCAAACCCAGACCAAGCCCCUCUGGGAUCAGUCCCCAUGCCUCCCUCAUCCACAAGGCUCAGAUAGUUUAGCAGACUGCUGGAGAAUAACACAUGGAACUACAGAACUGACUAGCUCUGGUCUUGGAGAUGGUUAAAAUGAGGAUACACAGGCAAAAGUUGAUCAUAACCCAGAAAACCAGUUUGUGGUCAGUUAUGAAAGACUUGCACCUUGACUAUAAUGCUGCAUCUUCUUUACUGUUUGGGAACACGGUGCAAUAAAACAAAGGAAAGCUCUACUUUAAAGCAUCUACUGGAUCUCUCAUAUCUGCAUCAACAGAUCAACAGUGUGCUGUGUAUUCCUCCAGUUUACUGGCACAAAAAGACAAUGUCACAAUAUUUCCUGUGCAGCUACUACAGCUUUAAUUGCAGACAAUAUUCUUUGCUCAUCUUUUCGCAAUAUAUUAUCUGUUGCUCUACCAGCAGACAUACCUUCUGUACGGGAUGUUGAAAACAUGCAAGAGGACGUACAGUAGGAAAUCAGGAAAUGUAGGGGAAGGCUGUGGGAAUGUUGGUACAUCGGAGAAGUCGAUUGCAACACCUCUGCACUGAGGGAGGAUUUUUGCUUUAGUGGUAUUUACUACCUGUGCCUGUGUCAGGUUCCUUUUACACAACACAGUUUGGAAUCUGAUCUAAACCAUGGGGCUGUUACUCUCUUGCGACACCUGCAACAUGCAUUACUCCAUAUUAUCUUACUGUCCUUGUGCCUUUUCAUGACACAGUCUGGAUCGGACUUCACACAACCAAAGCAUAACUAAUGGGUUAUAUACAUGUAGUGAUCUGGCAAUCUGUAAAUAUACACAAAUAUACAAUUUAUUUCCAUCUUUCUGAAAAAUACGUUUGUGCUUUGCAAAGUUUUUCAACAUUCAAGACAGGUCGAUGCCUCUCUAAGAGGAAUUUGACAUGAACUGUUACAGAUUUUUAAUACCAAAACCAAGCAUGUAUUUUACUUUUGUGGACGACUUUUUUGUUGUUGUUGUUUUUGUUUUUGUAUGUGUUUGUGUUGUGUUGAGUAUUGGGUUUUGUACUGGCUCUGAUCCAAAUCAGACAAUGUGCCAAAUGGUGUGUAUAGAUUUAUAUAUAUAUAUAUAUAUAUAUAUAUAUAUAAAACAAACACUUUUUUGGCCAAUAUGAAGUAUUAUUUUAUCAUGUAUUGGUAUUGUCUUAUAUUUCCUUCUGUAAAUACAAUUUUUUUUAAAAAACUGAGGCAGAAAUGUUGGGUUAAAUGUAUGCUGGAACAGUCUGUAGCAAAAGCAGUGUGCUAUAUUAUCCAGUGGGACCCAGCAAGUAAAGGUACAAGAUAAAUGGUGUUAUGUUCAAUGUAGGCUGUAUUUGUGGCAGACAGUGCCCCUUGAUGUAUACUGCUGGAAAGUGGACUUGAAUGAGCCUACAAACUGCUAAACUACAGAACUAUGAAAGACUCUGCACACUGUGAUCUUGGACAAUGAUCUUCCUGGUCAAGUGCCUGGAUUUUCAUGUAUUUUGAGGGUUAUAUAUGGGUGUCAGCUUGUAUUGAUGGAUUGAAAUAAAUGUGCAUGGUUUUUCUAAAAGUACACAAAAACCUGCUAACACAGGCUUUGGUCCCCAUUGACCACCUAUUCCUCCCACUCUAGGUGCGUAGUCUAUGUAAUGCAUCCUGUUGCCUUAUCAGGUAAGCUGGAGUACUGCUUCCCCCUGGUGUGCAGUGUGGUUGGUGGUAUUUUUUUUUUUUUUAAUCAAACAUAAGUUCAUUCAAGAAUAAGCCCUAUGUAAGUAUCAACUACAAAAUAAAAGGUGCUAAAGCUAGAUUUUGAUGCAGGGCCCCAAAAUUACCCAACUUGACAUAAUUGGUAACAAUGCAGGAGACCUUUAUAUAUUGUAUUUAUAUUGUGAUUAGACUUAUGUUUUACCAAACAAACGAUAACCAAACAAAUGGGAUGUUAGCCCACUUUGUGUAGUUGACAACCAGGCUCUGGACCUCAGUCCCGGGACCUCCUAUGAAAAUGAGGGGCCAGUGGGGUAGUUCAACUAUUUCAUCCACCAACACAGAUCAGACAGUGUAGAGUAUGGCCUAAGCAAUGGGCUAAGCAUUGUGUUUAUAGUCUCCUUGACAUGACACUUUUUAAGUCACAUGAAUGAAUGAAUAAAUAAAUAAGCAAACAAAUAAGAAGAAACUUUACUCUCUGUUUGCCACCGCCCGGAAGUGUGUAAUGGAUGAGGUCAUGCAGACGGAGGAAACAGAUUUCGACAGCUAAGAUGGCGGAGGAGCAGCAGGAAUCAUCACAGGGAGAGAUGGAGGGAGUGAACUGCCUCGCAUAUGAUGAGGCCAUAAUCGCUCAACAGGACAGAA